GUGUACAGAAACUGUAAGCAGAGAUAAAUACACAAUCAACAACACUAUGGAUCUGGGUUUUUGCACAGAGGAGCGGUUGUUUGACGUUUUCCAUCAAAACAAGACAAAUCUAUCUACAAUUGAAAAACCACAGAUGCUUCUCCACCAUCUCGAGGACAAUAAAAUCAUUAGAAAAUAUCUUUAUGAAAAGUGGAAACGUGUUGAGGACACUGAUAAGAGUGUGUACAAUGUGUUGAAGUAUAUCGAAAACAAGGGAAAGGAGCAUGUUUGGAAGUUUUGGAAUUGUGUGAACCAGGAACAUAUCUUAAAGCUUUACCCCCAGCUCUCCAAGUUGAUAAAAGAGCUGACAAAAGAGCCGAAGAACUCACUUGAGAGCAAUUCUUUGAGGAAGAACAACAAGACUGCAGAGGAAUCAAAGCAUCAAGAUGCUGGAAAAGGAAGAGUGGUUAAAAAAAGGAGGACAGAGAGCAAUUGUGAGAGUAACCAAGCUGGACCAUCAUCACGAAGCACUACCAGCCAGAGGAAGACAGCUGAACAUGUGAGGAGAGCUCCUGAUAGUCAUUCUUUGGGGAAGAACAAGACUGGAGAGCGAUCAAAGGAAAAAGAUGCUGGAAAAGAAAGAGAUUUUAAAAAGAGUGACCAAGCUGGACCAUCAUCACAAAGCACUACCUGCCAGAAGAAGAGAGCUGAACAUGUGAGAAGAGCACUUGAGAGCAAUUCUUUGAGGAAGAACAACAAGACUGCAGAGGAAUCAAAGCAUCAAGAUGCUGGAAAAGGAAGAGUGGUUAAAAAAAGGAGGACAGAGAGCAAUUGUGAGAGUAACCAAGCUGGACCAUCAUCACAAAGCACUACCAGCCAGAGGAAGACAGCUGAACAUGUGAGGAGAGUUCCUGAUAGUCAUUCUUUGGGGAAGAACAAGACUGGAGAGCGAUCAGAGGAAAAAGAUGCUGGAAAAGAAAGAGAUUUUAAAAAGAGUGACCAAGCUGGACCAUCAUCACAAAGCACUACCUGCCAGAAGACGAGAGCUGAACAUGUGAGAAGAGCACUUGAGAGCAAUUCUUUGAGGAAGAACAACAAGACUGCAGAGGAAUCAAAGCAUCAAGAUGCUGGAAAAGGAAGAGUGGUUAAAAAAAGGAGGACAGAGAGCAAUUGUGAGAGUAACCAAGCUGGACCAUCAUCACAAAGCACUACCAGCCAGAGGAAGACAGCUGAACAUGUGAGGAGAGUUCCUGAUAGUCAUUCUUUGGGGAAGAACAAGACUGGAGAGCGAUCAGAGGAAAAAGAUGCUGGAAAAGAAAGAGAUUUUAAAAAGAGUGACCAAGCUGGACCAUCAUCACAAAGCACUACCUGCCAGAAGAAGAGAGCUGAACAUGUGAGAAGAGCACUUGAGAACAAUUCUUUGGGGAAGAACAACAAGACUGCAGAGGAAUCAAAGCAUCAAGAUGCUGGAAAAGGAAGAGUGGUUAAAAAAAGGAGGACAGAGAGCAAUUGUGAGAGUAACCAAGCUGGACCAUCAUCACAAAGCACUACCAGCCAGAGGAAGACAGCUGAACAUGUGAGGAGAGAGGGACAAAAGAAUCUCUUGGGCUUUUCUGCGAAAAAGAAAUGGCUUCCUGUCACAUGUGGGAAGAAAAAGGCCAAGCUGGACAGAAUAGCACUGUCUAUCAGAAAAAAAUACUGCAUUACGUAUCGUCGAAAAUUAAUCACCCCAAAUGAAUUCGAGCGGCGUGGUGGGAAAGGAUCAUGCAAGAAGUGGAAGACAAGCAUAUUAUGCCAAGGCAUACCCCUCAAAAACCUAAUGGAGACGGGUGAAUUGAAGAUACCUUGCUGUAAGGGAAAUUUUACUCUCCGUAAAUGAUGUACUUCCAUAAUGCAGUCAUUGAUAAUUCAUCCACCAUUUCCAAAGCUUCAAAAUAUUGAUCUCAUGCAUGUUUAUAAUAAAUUUGUGACUGUUUUAAA